AAACGCGAGAGACGAGAAGGCAUAGGUGGGAGGCUAAUUUAUCGAUGACAAGGCAGAUACUGACGUAUUUGUAAUCAUUUGUAUGACAGUCUGCUACUCCGGAAACUCCAACCACAUGUAUUACUUUCGCUUCGGACGUAAAAGGAUUAGCCUACUGGCGCAUUGAACGGAUUUUGGAAAAUGUUGGCUAAUGAAGAAAAUACAUCUACUACACGGAGGAAAUUAGAAUAAGAAACACUUCUCGAAAUUGUAAUAGGCUGCCAAGUUCACAGCAUAUCCUCGACACUGAGUCGCAACAUGAGAACUUUCCUGGCAGUUUUUAUCGUGGUAACUGUCUCCGCAGAUAAACAUGUAACUAUCAAUGGCUGUCUAGAACACGAUGUCCUUCUGCCAUGCGCCUGCUCAGGCAGAAAUGAGAGCAGUGAUGUUAAGUGGCAGACAGAAGGCCCAAAUGGGACGCAGGUGUUCAGACACAUACAGACCGUUGAAACAUUCAAUGACAAAUACAAGGACAGAGGAAAAGCUUUUCUGUCUGAGAACAGAGAAAACUGCUCAAUUCUCCUCACCAACAUCACAGCAGAGGACCAGGGGGAAUACAGAUGCAGUUUUAACAUUGAUGAGAGAUACCGAAGACCUUCUGUAUCUCUAAACAUUUAUGCAUGCUACAGUGUUUUUCAGACAGCCAACAACAGUGGAGGUGUAAAUGUUUUCAAGUGUAAUGUAAAGGGACGCUACAACACGACAGAGAUUGAGUGGGAAUUGGAUGGAGAGCCUCUGCGAAAUUCAAUCAAUACUAAUAUAACUCAAAAAUACAACCCGGAUGAUCCUACUGGCCAAAUCCAAUUCUACAGCCAACUCAACACCACUCUCAACCCGACCUCAGCACCUACAUGUCGGGACAAGGCCAAAGCCAUAGCAACGUACAUCGGCUAUAAUUACUAUGCAGGUACAAUUAUUAGAAGAAGCUACUGCUUUUACAUUCCCAUUAUGUUUGUGCUUGGACUUUCAUUGCUCUUGUGGUGCCGUAGGACCGUCCCAUAGAGUUUACCCUGGAUACAACAAGUUGAGACCAACAACUUCAACGGCUAACAAAACAGGACAAAACUGUAUCGCGGAAAGAAAAAAAAGAAAUGUGAAAGCACCUUCAACCACACUAUCAGUCAUGUGUAUGAUUCACAAUGCCUGCAAAUAAACUGUUAACAGGCAGGUUACAUCCUGUGUUCAUGCCACUCUGGGAAUGUGGUUUUCCUUUUUUUUUUUAAAUGUCCAUUUUGUGAACUCUUGUGGAUGUUUGUAUGAUGCUACUUAUUUUUCUUUUCAAAAGUUUUUUUUUUUACAUGGUAAAUCAUCAAAAUGAAAAACAAUUUGUAAAUACACACAACAGUUAAGCUGAUUCAUAUAUACUCCCAUAUAUUUUAUUAAUAAAAUACUGUAUAAAACAGAGCCAUUUAAUGAUAAAAACAUGUCUGCCUUCAAAUGUAAGAUGUUGGACCUUAUCUGAUAUUGCAAGCUUUUGCAGCAAUCGUAGGAAAUAUGUAUUAUGUGUUUAUAUGCAACCAUGUUUUAAAUUGCAAAUAUUAUUUUCAAAUAUAACACAAAGGUGAUAUUUUUAUAGCACAAUACAAAUACUAUAAAUCGUGAUUUCACAUUAGAACAAAAAUGAAAUGCAGAAAUGUGUAGAAGGUCUAAAACAUGUAUGUACCUGGGUGACUUACUGUAUACUGUGAUUUUCUUGUUUCUUUAACGUUGAUGAUCAAGUCUCUUCUAUUCCUUUAUGAUGGUGCGUUUUUUUUCUUCUGUAUAUGCCAUAACUUCCCUAUACAUGGUUCACUAAGUACAGAUUUGUAAUACUUUUGUAAAUAAAUAGGUUAUGGUCAUUGUAUGUAAUAUAGUACAUCAAGGUCUGUGACAGUUUGACACCAAAAACGAAUGUCUGCGAAUAAUGGUUACAUAGACAACCACACAAUGAUUAACCCUAACCCUGAAAAGAAUUUGGUGCACUGCAUAAUGUGUGAACUUUCCAACAAAGGUUUAAAGUUAAACAUUUCAAAAUGCUUUGCUGGGUCCAGUACUGACCAAGAAGGCAACGCAACCAAUAACACCACUCAUCCGCUCCCUUUACUGGCUGCCAGUGGCUGCUCGAAUCCGCUUCAAGACACUGCUUCUGGCCUACCGUGCUGUGAAGGGAUUCAGCCUUUCCUAGUACAUCCAGGAUAUGGUUAAACCAUACACUCUAGCACACACUUCUCUCAGCUAAAUGAAUGUAAUGUAAUAUAUUGUAAUGUUUUGUAAGAAUAAGUAAACAAGCCUUAAACCC